AUGCAUAUCCUUUUUUUCUUUUUUCUGAUUUAUGUUUAUGCAAAGGAACGAGAGGUCUCAAGUUCACAGGCAAAUGAGGAAAAUGGAUCACGGGGGAAAGGCUGUCUUCUCGUAUCCAAUUUUUUUUCUCAUUUGCAGUUGGCUGUGCUCUUUUAUACACGCUUGUUUCCUCUUCCUCUGGACGCUUCGUGGUGCAUCCGCGAUUGGGUCUUGCACAGUGAUACUGUCUUCACUCAAUCCCGCACCUUUCUGAUUGAGUACGCGGGCUUCUUUGAUAGCCCUGGCGGCGUCUUCCACGUUCCUGCUGUGCCCGCACUCCGCCAGCUGUCCUUGAAAUUCUUCGACAUCUCUGGUGUUUUUCACACUUAA